CGACUGCGCUUAACCGCCAAUUCGUUCAAUCGCUGCAGUCGAACGCUAGCAGGUGCGUUGUGCGCGCGUGCGUCCGCCAUUUUAAACAGCUGAUUCGCCAUUCACGCUGAUGCUAACGUGAUCGUUUACAAUCCGUCCAAAAGCAAUAAAGCAAUUAAUCAAGCUCGUCUUUAAUGACAUAUUGACUUUUUAUAGUGCUGUGAUUAAAGAUUAAAGACCAAUGAAGAUGACAGUUAAUCGAAUAAGAGUCGUGGUCCUUGGCAGUGCACGCACCGGCAAAUCGGCCGUGGUGGUUCGAUAUCUUACCAAAAGAUACAUUGGAGAAUACAGUUCUACAGGAGAUUUCCUAUAUCAACACCGUGUCGCAUUUGACGGUGUCACGUCCGAAGUUGACGUUUUGGAUACUUGUGGAUGUGCGAAGCGAGGUUGCUUAGCGGAACACCUGCGGUGGGGCGACGCUUUUGCGAUAGUAUACUCUGUGUGUGACCGAAGAUCGUUUUUGGCAGCGGCUGAACUGCUAGCACUCUUGGAAAGAACAAGGUUGCCUGGAUGCGCUGCCGUAACUCUGCUGGGAAACAAAAGGGAUUUGGAGCACGCCAGGGUUGUAAAGACUGAGGAAGGUCAAGAGAUGUCUCUAAGAUUCGGCUGUCAGUUCUACGAGGUGUCAGCGGCGGAAUCGUGUGCAGGCGCCGCACUCGCCUUCCACUCUUUGCUGCGUGAAGCGCGCGCCCUCGCCAUGUUAUUGCCCACGCCGCGCCGGAAGCUCGCCGCUUACUCUGUCUCGAAGGUAAUCGGUACUAUUCUCGGCCUCAGCAAUAAGAGUGUACGGAAGAAACGGCCUUCCCUCAGCAUAUGAUCUAUUGAAUGGAUUUGAUUUUUGGUCUUGUUCACUCUACAAUGGAGUUUGUAUUCUGCAAAUGGCAGAAAGCUUUCUGAUGGUGACGCCAAGUUUGGCUUGAAGUUGGAAGAAAGAAGCAAAGAAAUGUUAUUCUGAUGGCUUAACUGACUCAGGUUUUUCUUUUGUAUUUGUACUGAGUUUACUUGAAUUUUGAUAUCCAAUUUUUUCGUAUCCUGUGUUUUUAUAUAAUGAACCUUAUUGUUAAAGAUAUACCUAUUAACAGAACAGUCAAUUAUAUUCUAUAUAUAGAAAUUGUGGUAGCAAAAAAAUAAAUACUACUAGGAAGUUACGAAUGUUAAAAACAGUUGUAUUUUUUAUAUUAACUAUAAUAUGAAUACUUGAACGGUUGACUGUAAAAGAGGAACCAUAGAUAUAUACGAAAUGUUUAUAUUUUAGUUGGCAGGUACAUGAGUGAAUAAAACACAUUUUCAAUAUCUCUACGAAAGAAUUAACCAAAUUGACUGCUUGGUUCUAAAAUGUAUGAUAUUGUUAAUAAAUUGAAAAGUAUUGAUUUAGGUAAAUUAUAAUAAAAAAAUACCAUACAGGUGUUUAAAUUUGAUAUUAAAGAAUUACUUAAUAUAAUAAGUUACCUAUAUUUGCAGACUUGUUUUGUGUCUGACAAUACCUGUCUAUAGUUAAGUACUUAUGACUAGAGUUUCAUUUGGUUAGAAAAAAAUCUUUCUUCUUUUGAUUAGAACAUUCUGAAAUGUUGUAACUUUUAUUUCAGCCAAAUAUAAUAAUGAAGUAUGAAAUAUAUAUUUAUAAGUCAAAGGAUAACUGAAACAUCCUUUUUCUGUUUGCCGAAUGGUUUCCCCAAGGUCAUAUGUUUAUUUGCUUGGAAACUGUCAGUUUUACUUUAAUGAGAACCGAAGUAAAGUUUUUUUUAAUUUAAUAUCGACCAAGCACUAUUAUGUCAUAUUAUAAAUGUAUUUUAUAUUAUAAUGUCAAACGUUCUUACAUUACAUUUGAUUUUAUAAGUUUGAUCCACCUUUUGCUUUUAAUAAAUAAUAAUGUUUGUUAAUCAAAUGAUAUUCCCUAUUAGUGAUAAGACUGUUGCGGUUGACUUUUAAAUGUACCUUUGGCAAAUUCUGUACAUAUGUGGACCAGGAAGUUCAAUGUUGUAUUUCGGUCAUUUAAAAAUAAAACCACUUUUUAAUUAUUAUUAAAGCUUUCUGUAAA